UGACAAUAUAGACGCAGAAGUACGCGCCUGAAUGCCAGUCAGUCAUUGAUAUCCCAGGUUGACGCACUCACGGUGGCGGCUCACCUCACAGUUGGUUUGUCCAACUCGUUGCGGAGCUGCGGGAGCUGCCUAUGAUCAGCACCAUGGCUGGGUCCUCACACCGGAUAACGCUCGGGCCGCUGGUUGCUGCCAUUGACCAGGGAACGAGCUCCACACGGUUCCUGGUCUUUAAUUCCAAAACGGCAGAACUCCUCAGCCACCAUCAGGUGGAAAUCAAACAGAGCUUCCCCAAAGAAGGAUGGGUGGAAGAGGACCCUAAAGAAAUCCUGCAGUCGGUGUAUGAGUGCAUGGAGCGCACAUGUGAAAAACUCACCCAACUCAAUAUCGACAUCUCCAAUAUUAAAGCAAUUGGCGUGACCAACCAAAGGGAAACCACACUAGUUUGGGACAAAGAAACAGGAGAGCCCCUCUACAAUGCAAUAGGUGAUGUUUGCUUGUGCUCCUUACUAAAGCUGCCAAACUCACUUGCUUUUUAUUUUCUAGUUUGGCUUGACCUGCGGACUCAAUCAACAGUUGAAAGUCUGAUCAACAAAACGCCAGGGAGGAAUAAAAACCACUUGAAGCAUAAAACAGGCCUCCCCAUCAGCACGUACUUCAGCGCAGUGAAACUCCGCUGGCUGAUGGAUAACGUAGAGGAGGUCCACAAAGCUGUUGUUUCCCACCGCGCCAUGUUUGGCACCGUGGAUUCGUGGCUCAUUUGGUGUCUAACUGGGGGCAAGUCCGGAGGAGUCCACUGCACCGAUGUGACCAAUGCCAGUAGAACCAUGCUGUUCAACAUUCACACCAUGGACUGGGACCCGGAGCUCUGCAAGUAUUUUGGUAUUCCCAUGGAAAUCCUCCCCCGAGUGAGGAGUUCUUCAGAAAUCUAUGGCCUCGUGAAAUCGGGAGCACUCUCCGGUAUUCCCAUUUCCGGUUGUCUUGGGGAUCAGUCGGCGGCGCUGGUCGGACAGAUGUGCUUCCAGGACGGGCAGGCGAAAAACACGUAUGGAACUGGUUGCUUUUUGCUGCGUAACACCGGACCCAAGCCAGUCAUGUCCGACCAUGGUCUUCUGACCACUGUGGCCUACAAGCUGGGUCGAGACAAGCCUGCCUGCUACGCGUUGGAGGGUUCAGUAGCCAUAGCAGGAGCUGUGGUCCGUUGGCUGCAGGACAAUCUUGGGAUCAUUGGAUCUUCUAAAGAGCUCGAAACGUUGGCUGCAUCAGUCGGGACAUCGUACGGGUGUUACUUUGUUCCUGCCUUUUCUGGCCUGUACGCUCCUUACUGGGAGCCCAGCGCGAGAGGGGUCAUUUGUGGCUUGACUCAGUUCACCAAUAAGAGCCAUCUGGCGUUCGCAGCUCUGGAAGCCGUCUGCUUCCAAACAAGAGAGAUCCUCGAUGCCAUGAAUCAGGACAGCGGGAUCCCGCUGACUCAGCUGCAGGUGGAUGGAGGAAUGACGUCCAACAGGUUGUUGAUGCAACUGCAGGCGGACAUACUGUGCAUUCCCGUCGUGAAGCCGUCCAUGCCGGAGACGACGGCGCUGGGGGCAGCUAUGGCAGCCGGUGCGGCAGAGGGCGUGAGCGUGUGGAGUCUGAACCCAGACGACCUGAGUGAAGUGACGUCAGAGAAGUUUGAGCCUCAGAUCAACACUGAGGAGAGCGAGUUCCGGUACGCACGAUGGAAGAAAGCGGUUCAGAAGUCUAUGAACUGGGAGACCACGGAGCUUCCAUUGAAUGGAAACGGUGAGAGCAGCAUCUUCAGCAGCGCCCCGCUGGGCUUCUACAUCAUGGGCAGUAUGCUGAUGCUGAUUGGAGCCAAUUACAUUGCUGGCCACAACUAGUCUCCUGGCAGCUGGCGAGGAUCAACACUUCUUGUUCACUCUGUCUUCAGCAGGUCACUCCAGCAGAGGAAAAGGCUCUUUUAAACCAACACUAAAUGCACACCUGGCAACGUGUGCCCAUGUUGACCCUUGACUACGCUCUUGUACACAUUUUCUUGCAUUCGCCCGUUUCAGCUUCGAGUUCAGGCUCUGACCUUGCGUGUAGUAUUUCCUGUCUGUACGAGUCGUUCAGAGGUUCUGUUGGGAACCGAUUUCGGAUCAGCGUGAUCUAACACAUUGAUUAGUUCCCGCUCCAGUAACACGCCCGUCUCUCUUUAAUUACCAGUGUUUGCUCACGACAAUGGACAACACCAUUUGCAGCUUUAAAUGUUGUUUUCUCCAAAAGCAAUCUGCAGAAAACACACGUCAUUCACCAUAACCAUAAGAACACGCACCCACGCCACCGGUCAAGCAGCCUCACCCCUUCCAGUUAUUUCUUGAACUUCAAGGUGUUCAAGUCCAGUGACCAGCUUGAAAAGGUACAAAGGUACUGUAAGUGGUGACGUGCGUUUUUGUAUCUUUAUUAAAACACGUUGCUCCUGCCGUCGUCCUCCUCCCUGAACCGAGGAUUCAUUUAGCCGGUUAGCUUCUUCUUCUUCUGUUGUUUAUUGGCGCUUAGCAAGCAGCUCACACAGUUAGUUCGUUUGCUAGCCAUCAUUGACCACAACAGGAAUCAGCACAAAGGAGAUUGAUUGAUUGAUUGAAAGUCAGUGGUCUACGGCCAAUCAGGACACAGAACACAAUGGGCGUGUUCUCCCUUAGCCACUCAGGACUGUUGUGACUCUAUAUUUAGCCAGCUGUUGUCUACCAUGGGACAUCUUUCCUCCAGCUGCAGGCAUCUUCCACUCUCACGUGAGUAAACAACACCCUCUGCUGGUAGCAGUAGGAAAUACAACACGCACAUGCAACACAGCAUAGAGGGCUCAAACACACCACAAGGACGCACAACACAAACGCUGUUAAAAAAAAACAUGCCAAAUUGCACUAAAAAAAAUCAGUGAAUCUGUAAAAGGUGAACCGUGACGUCGCGAGGGAACACUAUUUCACAACCAUACUGUUUCAGGCACCACAGAAUGGGUCAACGGUUUAAAGCUCUCAUGCAUCACCUGGACAGAUGGAGAACGUCAUUUGUUGCUGCAAACAUGGCAAGAGAGACAGACCAUGUUAAAGGGGGGUAAGUCGCUGCUGAUGGGGGUGUCCUACAACUUCAUGUCAAAACAUUCCAACUAUCCCGUCAACACUUAAAAAUUUAGCCUCUUCCUCCAGAGAAAUUGGGGUGUUGUGAAACUUCGAGCGCUAGUGUAUUUUUAAAUGUUGGUGCGUCGCUGAUGAUGAUGUUACGUCAAGUGCUGCGACUUUGUCCGGCGGCCCUUGAACGCACCACAGUGGUGUGCUGUGACUGGCUAUACCGUGACUCCUGAUUCCAGCUGCUGUCUGUUCACGGGUCGUCUCCUUCGCUGGUGGCGAGUAGCUCUACGUUCUAUACUUGAAAAUGCGGGUCGCGAGUGAACAUUGGCAAUUGAAGAGAAAAAGGGAGGUUUCUGGAGCUGUCACUUUUAUUGCAAAAAAAACAAAAAUCCAAACUAGACAUUUUUAUGGGUGUCGCCAUUACUUUUGGCCAUUUUCUGGUGGUGGUCCCAAUUUCCGCUUGGGAGCCUUCAGUUGGUUACAGAGACCACGCGGAGAUUGAAACCCUCAAACUCCAUUAGGCCACCGUGCACCCCCUUGUAUGUGAUAUACGGUGUUCCCUCCCUACACCGCGGUUCACCUUUGGCAGACUUGCUGUUUCAUUGAUUUUUUUUUUUUUUAAGUGCAAUUAUUUAACAUCGUAUGAGCGUGCAUUGUGUUGUGCGUCCUUGUGGUGUGUUCGAGCCAUCUAUGGGUGCUGUGUUGCACGUGUGUGUUAUUGUGUUUACUACUUCUACCACUGGAGGGGGUUGUAUACUCACGUGAGAGUUCCACCUGGUCUCGCCCUGUAGCAGAAUAUUAGGAACCCACGGUAGACAAUAGACGGCUACAUAUAGAGCCACCACAGUCCUGAUUGGCUGUAGACCAUUGUCAUUCAAUCUCCUUCCUGCUGUGGUCAAUGGUCGCUAGCAAAAUGGCUAAGUGUAUAAUGGAAAAGUGUAUGGGGAGGGCUUCUACAGCCUUAAAACAUAUAAUCAUUGUAAUAAAAGAAAUAAAGUUG